GACGGGGUAGGCAGCGUGUGCGUGUGGUUGCUUUUUCGAUAAUAUUUGCGUGCAUUGCGUGCAUUUAAUUUGCUGUGUUGGUAUAAAGCACAUUUAAACAUUUAGCUUCGCUGAUUGGAGUGCAUACAACCACAGCGGUCCGGCCAUGAGCAGCUCCCCGUCUGACGAGCUGCUGCCGCCGCUGGGCCGGCCGCCGCCGCUCACUGAGAGCACUGUGUCGCUGGCCGGCUCCGAGCGGGCCGACAGCGAGUUCGCCACGCCCGUCGGCGGCGGCGGCAGCGCGCUGUCCGGCCGCGCCUUCCUCACCGCCGCCUCCAGCAUGGCGUCCAUCGACGACAGCACCGUGUCCAUAGCCGGCACCGACCGGCCCGACAUCGCCGACCUCGACGGGGAGGGCCUCUCCUCGGACGAGGCCGAGGACGGCGACGCCGGCGUGGUGUCGGGCUCGCUGCAGUUCGCGCUGAACGCGCCUGUCUCAGAAGUGCGCGCCACCGUGCAGCCGUCGGAGCCGACGCCGCCCGACGUCAAGGAGAAGGGUGUCUGUGACCUGGGACAGGAGCUCGACGAGCCGUCGCCCGUCUACACCGGCCGGCCCGGUGACCCGGAACUGCCCGAGGGCAUUGAUGCCGACACCGUAACCGUACUGACAAACGAGUACGGCUGCAAGGCGUGGCUGAUUGGCACCGCGCACUUCAGCAAGAAAAGCCAGGAGGACGUGGCCAAGCUGAUCCAGUUCGUACAGCCCGAGUGUGUCAUGCUGGAACUGUGCCGGGGCAGGGUCAACAUUCUGGAGAUGGAUGAGGACAAUAUCGAGGAGGAACUGAAGGCGCUCAACAUGGAGCGCGUCAUCUCGAUCCUGCGGCAGAAUGGCACCGUACAGGGCUGCCUGUACCUGCUGAUGCUGAACCUGUCGGCGCACCUGACCCGCGAGCUGGGCAUGGCUCCCGGCGGAGAGUUCAGAGUCGCUUACCAGGAGGCGCGCAAGCUGCCGGGCUGCGAGGUGCGGCUGGGCGACCGUCCGAUUCAGAUCACCAUUCAGAGGGCGCUCUCAUCACUGAGCGUCUGGAAAAAGAUCCGGCUCGCCUAUAACCUGCUCACCUCCAAGGGCUCCAUAACUAAGGAGGAGGUGGAGCGCUGCAAGCAGAAGGAGCUGCUGGAGGAGAUGUUGGAGGAGAUGGCCGGCGACUUCCCCGGCCUCGGCGAGGUGUUUGUCAACGAGCGCGACGUCUUCCUGUGUGCCUCGCUGGCCGACGCCGCGCGGGUGGUGCCCUGUAAUACGCUGGCUGGCUGGCGGCCGUCCCGCACGGUCGGCGUGGUCGGCAUGGGCCACGUCCCCGGCAUGAUCCGCAACUGGGGAAAGGUCGACCACCGCGACCAGGCCGCGCUCAUGAGCCGGCGGCCGCCGACGCUGCUGGGCCGCGCUGUCUGGUUCACCUUCCGAGUCACCUUCUGGGGAGCGGUGGCGUACGCCGUGUACCGCGUGGCGCCCGUACCGCGCAAGGAGGCCUGGGUCACCGGCCUGAGGGACAGUAUCGUGACCAACGCCAGCGCCGUGAGACAUACCCUGACACAGCGCUUCGCCAGUUACGCUUCGCCAGUUAGCCGGUACGUGCAUACCGUGAUACAGCGCUUCGCCAUUACGCCCACCGCCGUCACGAUGGAGGACGACUACAGCCACGCCAGCCCGGGCCUAUUUUACACUGAGGAGAACUGCCCGGGGCUGGGCUGCGACAGAAGCCUAUUUAACGUCCAGCUAGCCGGGUGUGAUUGUAGUGAGUGCGGAGACGGCUGUCCGUGCGGCCUGGCCUCCGACAGUACAGAUGACGCUGCGGUCAGUGAUGCAGCCGAUUUAGAUGUCGCCACCAGUGCCGGUCCUUUGGUGGAGUGCAAUUCUGCGUGUGCGUGCGGUCCGGAGUGCGCGCGGCGGGUGAUUCAGCGCGGCCCGCAGCCGGGACUGAGUGUUUUUGACGCCGGCGCACGCGGGCUCGGCCUGCAGACAGAUGUGGCGAUCCCGCGCGGCGCGUUCGUCUGCUGUUACGCCGGCGAGGUGGUCGGGCCGGCCGAGGCGGCGCGCCGUUUUGCCGCCCAGACGGAGCACAACUACAUCCUGGCGGUGCGCGAACACUGCGCCGGCCGCACCACCACCACCUUCAUCGACGCCACGCGCGUCUGCAACAUCGGUCACUACGCCAACCACUCGUGUCGGCCGAACCUGCGCCUGCGGCCGGUGCGGGUCGACACGCCCGUGCCCCACGCCGCCCUGUUCGCCGCCCGGGACGUCGCGGCGGGAGAGGAGCUCACGUUCAGCUACGGGCCGGCCGGCACGCCCGGCGGCCGCCGCUGCCUGUGCGGCGAGCCGACGUGCGCCGGUGUGCUGCCUUGUGACCCGAGGGUCACCGAGGAGGCGCAGCGAGCGCUGGCCGGACGGUCAGACGGGGGCGCAGCGCCCCAGGAGCACGGGUGAGUGUGAGCGUGGGGAGGGCGUCACUGGGCAGCUGCGAGCCGGCGGCCGUGCCUCCGUUGUAGCGUCCCGUCCGCCGCAGCACGGGAUAUAACUUUGUACACAGCCGAGACUCGGACCUGCCUUUGUACUAGCGGUGAAUAUGCCAUCCGUCUCGAGUUCCGUCGCUCCCUGCUCCGGGGAACGAGCAGAGCCCGCUCACUGAAGUGCACACUUACCUCUUCAUCUGUCGUGGUGGCCGCCAGCCGGGGAGCCGCGGCGCGACGCAUGCCAACCGAGUGCCACCGGCCGGCCGUUUCACCGCGCCAGUUUUCUACGCUGCUCGUGUGUGUAUAUCUAGUUCGGCGCUCACUAACGUGUCUGUACGCGCCGGUGGGCGGUGGCCGUGACCUGGGUGUCGGCGGCGCCGGCGGCACCGCGGCGAAGGGCCGGCUGUCCUCGGGUGCCCGCCGACGGGCCACCCCGUUGUUGCCUGGUUAGGGGGACUGUUGGGAGCACCACACUCGCAGCUCGAGCGGGGUUGUUGAACGGUUGUGGUUGUGUUUUUACGAGGGCCCUAAUAAAUACAAUGACUUUU